AUGGCAGACUCGACAAAGCCUGAAGAAGUUGCGCCGAAAGUCGAAGAGCAAGAGGCCGGAUCCGCCGGUUUUGGCGGCGGUUUCGGAGUGGCCAGCUCGUGGCUGAAUCAGGGCUCCUCGUGGGGAGCCUCGUUUCUCAAUUCUGCUAAAGAAAAAGUGAGUUGAAAUGUGAAAUUCUAUUAAACAUGAAUGAUUUGUUCAGACAAUGACCACUUUGGACCUUGUCAAGAAGGAUUUGAACGAUUUGAGUGAGGCGGUGAGUGCGGAAGUAAACGAUCUCGCGUCGGCGGCCAAAGAAGGGCUAGGAACUGCGGCGAACGCCGUCAAGCAGCAGGCACAGAUGCUCGAGAAGUUGGUGACGCCCAUGGAAGAAGAGAAGCCGUUGCCAGGACAAGAAGGAUCCGAGGAAGAGAAGAAGAAGGAGGAGCCGAAAGCUUCGGAGAGCUCGUCGAGCUUCGGAUGGAUGAGCAAAAUUGUGGACACGGUGACCGACACCGUCAAGAACUUGGCGAUGGAGGAGACGACGAACGGAGAGGACGAGUUCACCGAGGUGGUCAAGCCGAAAAAGGACCGAAAGACCUGCUUGUCGAAGGUGAAUACGAGCACAAGUGUGCACUUGACAACUCAAAAUUUACAGUUGCGAAUCUCCGAGAUACAAACGACCGAAUCGACGUAUCUUUUGGAACCAAGAGACUCGGAAUUCUACGAACGAUGGCUUUCGCGCUUCAAUUUGGACGAAUACGACGGCGAAAUCAACAUGUUGCUCGCAAACAAUCCGCCUCUCCGCCAAGUGUUCGCCAACCUGGUACCAGCUCGUGUCAGCCAUGAAAUCUUCUGGAAACGAUAUUUCUACGCGAUCGAAGUGGCGGAGUUGGAGGCGGAAAUGAACAAAUCGACGUUGAACGAGGCGCUGAACGUGGAGACCAAGUCGCCAAAGAAGUCGAAGAAGGCGUCGUCGAGCGGAUCUUCGAAGAAGUCGUCGCCAUCUUCCGAGUCGUCGGCGGUCGUCGUCGAGGAGCCGACGAGCCCGUCGCAGUCCGAAUGGAGUGUUUGCAGUGAGAAGAACGUUGAGGUGAGUGAGAGAUUCUACGGUCGCGAGAAGUUUCUCAAAGUUGUAGGAGAUUCCAUCGAACGACGAGGACGAGACGGAGCGCGGACCGAUGACUCCGAGGCAAAACGAGAAGAAGGAGGACGGAUGGGUCAACUGGGAUGAUUAA